UUUAUUUUUUAACUGUGCUAUGGAGUAGAAGCAGGAGGUUUUCAACCUAGUGACAGUCACAGAGCAGCACCUACCCCUCCUCCUUUCCACACCUGCAAACUCUUUUGCUUGCGCUGAAAAUUUAGUGUAAUUACAUCUCAGCUUUGAGGGCUCCUGUGGCAAAUCCCCGGAUUAAAAGGUUCCUUGGUUGUGAAAAUACAUGAGAUAAAUCAUGAAGGCAACUAUCAUUUUCCUUCUGCUUGCACAAGUUUCCUGGGCUGGACCAUUUCAACAGAGAGGCUUAUUUGACUUCAUGCUAGAAGAUGAGGCUUCUGGGAUUGGCCCAGAAGAUCGCAUUCAUGAAGUUCUAGACUUAGAGCCUCUGGGACCAGUGUGUCCUUUCCGCUGUCAGUGCCAUCUUCGAGUUGUCCAAUGUUCUGAUUUGGGUCUGGACAAAGUACCCAAAGAUCUUCCCCCUGACACCACGCUGCUGGACCUGCAAAACAACAAAAUAACCGAAAUCAAAGAUGGAGACUUUAAGAACCUGAAGAAUCUUCAUGCGUUGAUUCUUGUCAACAACAAAAUUAGCAAAAUCAGCCCUGGAGCAUUUACACCUUUGGUGAAACUGGAACGACUUUAUCUGUCCAAGAAUCAUUUGAAGGAAUUGCCAGAAAAAAUGCCCAAAACUCUUCAGGAGCUGCGUGUCCAUGAGAACGAGAUCACCAAAGUGCGAAAAGCGGUGUUCAAUGGACUGAACCAGAUGAUAGUCGUAGAACUGGGCACCAACCCGCUGAAGAGCUCAGGAAUUGAAAAUGGAGCCUUCCAGGGGAUGAAGAAGCUGUCCUACAUCCGCAUUGCUGACACCAACAUAACCACCAUCCCUCCAGGUCUUCCUCCUUCCCUUACUGAAUUACAUCUUGAUGGCAACAAAAUCACCAAAGUUGAUGCAGCUAGCCUGAGAGGACUGAAUAAUUUGGCUAAAUUGGGACUGAGUUUCAACAGCAUCUCUGCUGUUGACAAUGGCUCUCUGGCCAACACUCCUCAUUUGAGGGAACUUCACUUGGACAACAACAAGCUUAUCAAAGUGCCUGGUGGGCUGGCGGAUCAUAAGUACAUCCAGGUUGUCUACCUUCAUAACAACAAUAUCUCUGCAGUUGGAUCUAAUGACUUCUGCCCACCUGGAUACAACACCAAAAAGGCUUCUUAUUCGGGUGUGAGCCUUUUCAGCAACCCAGUCCAGUACUGGGAGAUCCAGCCAUCCACCUUCCGAUGUGUCUAUGUGCGCUCUGCCAUUCAGCUCGGAAACUACAAGUAACUCCCAGGAAAGCCCUCAUCUUUAUAAGCUGGCAACAUCCCGUUAAUGUCAUUGCUCAAAAAAAAAAAAAAAAAAGAAAGCUAGAUACUGGAAACCUAACUGCAGUGUGGAUGUUUUUCCCACAUGACUUACUAUGUAUAAAGCCAAAUAUGCAGUUUAAAAAAUUGCCUACAAUAAAAAUAAAUUUUGCCUGCCAUAUUUUCAGAAUCCUUUUUUGAAGCUUUCUGUUGAUGUUAACUGAGCUAUUGCAGAUAUCCUUAUUUCACUAAAUGUAAAACUUUGAGUAAAUAUACAUGUCAACAAUUUAGUAAAGCUUUUCUUUUUUAACUUUCAGAAGGAAUCAAAUUGAAAAAGUAUCAAUCUUCUGUAACUCAUAGAGUGGUUAGCUCUUUUAACAAAAAGUCAAAUAUCAAACUCUAACUCUGUAUUAACCCCUGUUAUUACUGGUAAAGCCUCAUUUGAAUAUGUGGAUUUGAUACAGGCUAUGUAAAAGUUUUGCUAAUGUCAUUAUUUUGAAAAAAAUAAAUUCACAAAUACAUUCAAAAUGA